CUUUCUUAUCAUAUUUUCAUUUAUAGGUGCCGACAUUUCUUACAUAUAUUUUUGUUUGUUCUUUUCCCUCGCUUUACUUCUUUGCUAUGCUUCCGUUUGUUCUUUCUCGACUUUCCCUUCCCCUUUCUUUCUCUCUCUCUCUCUUUUUUUUUCUUAUUUGCUUUCACUUACUCUUCCUAUGUGCUUCUCUUCCUUAGUUUAUUUUCAUUCGCUCUUUCUCGGUGUUCCUUUCUCUUUCUUAUUUCUCUUUCUUUUGUUGGUUACUUGCCGCUUCUCUUCCUUACCUUACUUUCUCUUACCUUACUUUCUCUUACCUCUCGCUGCUUACCGCUCUUGGGGGUUAUUUUGCUUUUCAAGAGGUGGGGGGUGGAGAGGUGGAGAGAUAAAGAGGUGGAGAAGUGAAGAGGUGAAGAGGUGAAGAGGUGAAGAGGUGAA